AACACGUUUGUAAUUAUAAUGUUCUCCAUCUUAAAUACUUUUAUCAAAAACACAUCUACAACAAACAUUGUUUUCAGAAAAUAUUAUCAAAAAAUUGAAAUAUGGAAAGCAAAGGUUCAAAAGAGUUGAUCAAGUCAAUCUUGAUCAUGGCAGGAAUCCCUAUUGCUUUUUCUGUUGCUUGUUCUUUGAUUGCUAGGAUUAAAGAUAGAAAAAAUGCUAAAUCAUAUCAGGUUCAAAUAAACGAAAGCGGUUUCUAUGGAGACGAAGAAGAUUAUAUCGAAAAUGCCCAUGAUCCAAAUCAUCUCAAAGAACAUAUUUCCUCCCUUAAGAGUAAGAUUCUAGAGCUUCAAGAGCUCGAAAAGGAGAUAGAGGUUCGGUUCUUUAGAUUCAUUGACUUGAAAGACCAAGAAUAUGCAUUGAUGGAGAUUCAAAACAGUUUGUGUAUGGAGAAAGAACGAGCUGAGUUCAUGAAAAGGGAGGCGUCAUCGAUAGAGGCAGAGAACAAGAAGUUUGAUGAAAUGGUGAUGGAAUACCUCAAAGCGGUGGGAGAACUUGAGACUUUGAGGUUGGAAAACGGGUUGCUUCAAAGAAGGGAGAAGAAGCUUUUGAAGAAAAGUAGAGAAAGUUCUAGGUUGAUUAAGAAACAAAAGUUGAAGAUUGAAGCUCAAGAAGCCCAAAUGUUGAUAAACGAAGCCGAUUCAAAAAGAAAGGAAAUCGUGAUCGAGGGAUUCGAACAUGAAGUUGAGGAAAUUCGAGGUGUGAUCAACGCUUUGCUGGAUGAGAAGAAUGAGGUUUUGCAUAAGUUAGAGAUAGCAGAAAAUUCACUUUCAUUCAAGAUUGAAGCGGAACGUAUACUCAAGGAAAACCACAAUCAAGCAGUAAAAGAGCUAGAAAACCUAAAGAAGGAUCGAGCCGGUGAACUAAAAGAAUUGAUAUACUUACGAUGGUGUCACGCGUGUCUAAAACACGAGCUGGCAAGAAGAAAUCAAAUCGAGCAAGAAAGAAAAGCUGAAGAGAAUAGAGUUGAUGAUCAUGAGCUAGGAUUGGUGGAAGAUAUAGCUCCGGAAGAGUGCAUAGCGCAUGAAUCGGACAAUGAGAGCGUGGUAUGCAAUGUCGAGCCAUUUUUCAAAUCGGGCCAAAGACAUCGAAAGAGACGAUGGUUGGCUAGGAAAUUUAGAAAAUGGGUUGAAGGAAAUGAGAAGCAUCAUGACACCAAGUGUUUUGGAAGCCAUUCUGUUGUUGAUGAGACUGAAGAGCCACAUUCAGCGGGUAGAAAAUCGUUUUCUAGUGUUUGAAAAAUUGUCUAAGAGCAUCUAAAAUAUAUAUAUAUAUAUAUAUAUUCGUCAAAGUUAUGUAACUUGUAUGCGUACAAAAGUAUUAUAUGUAACCCAUAUAUAUUCGGGCA